AUGGCUUGGCGGCGAUCUUCUAACAAAACCCCUGCCGCGCUCAGCACUGCGGUGGAAAGCCAGACAGGGGAGGUCACAACUGUUAGCGGGAAGUAUAUCAGCGAGACCGGAGGCAAUAAUGCGGCAACAACAUACCAAGAUGCGUCUGGCGCUCCAGUUGAGCAUGACUCGCCAUUGGGAUACUCUGUCGGUCCCGUCACAAUUACCUUGCUGAACAUCACAAUGAUGAUCGGCGCUGGUAUUUACUCUACGCCAUCAUCUAUCCUGUCUGGUACAGGCUCCGUUGGCGUUAGUCUCAUUUAUUGGACCCUAGGUUACUUGAUAUGUCUCACGUCCGGAGCUGUGUACCUUGAGUUUACGGCAUAUUUCCCUAGUCGAUCGGGUUCAGAAGUCGUUUUCCUCGAACAAGCUUACCCUAAUCCGAAAUGGCUCUUCCCAACCACCUUUGCGGCCCAGAGUGUCAUUCUUUCGUUUGGAAGUGCUAAUGCUACAGUCAUGGCCAAGUACCUUAUCGCCAUCUCCGGGCACACGGGUACUAACUGGCAAAUCAAAGGCACUGCUCUAGCCUGCUACAGUCUUGCCACCCUGACGCUGGUGUUCAACACUAAAUACGCAUAUUGGUUCUCAAAUGCUGUUGGAGUUGUGAAGAUUUGCACCCUUCUCUUCGUCAUAGUCACUGGCUUUGUUGUUUUAGGGGGCAAUACCAGGGUUGAGAACCCCAAGGCCAAUUUCCAUGAUGUUUGGUCGGGUAGUUCCACAGCUUCUGCAUACGGAUUUACUACUGCCUUGUACCGUAUUAUUUUCUCUUAUGGAGGUUACAAUAACGCCUUCAACGUUGCCAACGAAGUCAAGAAUCCCGUCAGGUCACUCAAAAUCUACGCCACCCUUGCUCUUACAGUGGUUUAUGUGUUAUACAUGUUCGCAAAUAUCGCAUUCUUCGCUGCUGUUCCCAAGGAGGAGAUCGAGAGCUCUGACCUCACGACUGCCAGUCUGUUCUUCGAGAAGGUCUUCGGCGCCAGUGGUGCAGUUCGCGGUCUCAACUUCCUCAUUGCAUUGGCUUCCUUCGGUAACAUGAUAGCCGUGAUAAUUGGUCUAUCUCGGCGCAUCAGAGAAUGUGGCCGACAGGGAGUUCUGCCUUUCACGGAGUUCUGGGUCUCGACCAAGCCCUUUGGCACGACCUUAGGCCCGUAUGCCGUCGUUUGGUCUUUGACCGCGCUGAUGAUCCUAGCCGUUCCUGCUGGUGACGCUUUCACCUUUGUCAACGACUUGUCAAUCAUUCCUGGUGCUGCCUUUAAUCUUGCAAUGGGUCUUGGUAUCUACAUUGUUCGCUGGCGCCGAAGACAAGCCAACCUCCCCGAACCCGAAUUCAAGGCUUGGCAUGUCGUGAUCCUCUUCAAUGUUCUCGUGCAACUCUACCUCCUUGUCAUGCCCUGGUAUCCGCCCGCAGGAGGACAAUAUGCUGGUGAUGUCAGCUUUUGGUAUGGAACGUCUGCCGUGACAGGAAUUGGAAUUCUUCUUGCCUGCGGCAUCUAUUACUAUAUUUGGGCCUUCCUCAUUCCUAACUGGAAGGGCUACCGACUGCGACAAGAGCCUUUGAAGCUAGACGGUGGUGUUCAGAGCAACCGGCUUAGAAAAGUACCUGUUGCUGAGCUCGCAGAAUGGGAUUCGACGCACGAUGCGGCUGGCCGUCCUAUCGAGUCGCCAGUUGAGAUUCAUGUUCAGGUAAAAGGCAUCGAUGUGUGA